AUCUUGUCUUCUCCACACACACCCUUGCCUGAGCCUUUGAACUUCAUAACCUAACGUAUGUCUGCCCUUUCGAACGACAAACACGGGUCUAGCACCCUGGAAGGUAACUACUCGUACACCAACACCCUCAAAGGCGUGUACUACGGUGCUGGAUCGCUGGCCACCGCUCUUCCGAAGCUGCGCGCGAAGAUCGGAGGAACGAAAGCAUUAAUUGUUACUGGGAAGAGUUUGUACAACAACACCGAUGUCGUCAAGAAAGUCGAAUCCAUCCUCCGUUCUGACUCCAACUCUUACGGUGCCACAUUUUACGAGAUCGGCGAACACUCACCCAUAGCCGGUAUUCGCGCUGGGAUCAAAGCUUUCAGAGACGCAGGCUGCGACUUCAUCGUUGCAGUCGGUGGUGGUUCACCCGUCGAUGCAUCCAAAGCUAUCAUAUAUAACCUGCAUUUGGAGGAAGGACAAGGAGGGGAUAAGUGGGAGAGUGUAGUGAAACAGAUCGCGGUGCCGACGACAUUGAGCGCGGCGGAGUACACGUUUGGUGCAGGGUAUACGAAUGACGAAGGAAAGAAAGUGAGCGUAUCGUCGCCGUACCUUGCACCGUCAGGCAUCAUCCUCGACGCCGAACUCACACUUCCGACCCCCGAACGCCUGUGGCUUUCCACUGGCAUGCGCGCCGUAGACCACGCCGUCGAGAACCUGAUUCGUCCCCAAAUGCCUCCUACACUCAAGCCUUUGUAUUAUCAAGCCCUCUUCGAUCUCUUCACAUACCUUCCCAAGUCGAAGGCCGACCCGAACAAUCUGGAGUAUAGGAUGAAGUUGCAGUUGGCGAGUUGGAUGAGCUUGUGGCCGUUCAUGACCGAGAAAUACAGCGCACUAGGUAUCUCGCAUGCCCUAGGACACAAGCUGGGUGCUGCGUACCACAUCCCGCACGGAAUGACUUCUUGUCUCACCCUCGCUCCCGUUGUGCGUUUACAAGCCCGAAUCGCCAACGCCGAGGAAAAAGAAUGGCUCGCCAACUGUCUCUUCUACCUCAGGCAAGCGCCAACGGGCACCCCAGAGGGAGAUAUCACGAAGCUUGCUGGCUUGAUUGAGGGGCUUGUGGACGACUUGGGUUUGAAGACCGACCUGGCGCAUUACAACGUGCCGAAAGAGGAUGCGGGGCAAAUUGCGGAGUUGGCUUUGGGCGGAAAGAGUUCGGAGAACUACGACGAUGUGGUCAAGUUGCUCUUGGGGCUGUACCCAGCGUGAUGUAUGUUGAAUUCCGGAGGCAUGGAAGAAUUCCAAAGAAUGUAUACGCUCGGAGCUGUAGAUGUAAAUGUAUGAGAAUAUACUCCGUCGGUAUAGAUAGCGUC